GGGGUACUUGUCUAUUAGUGGAUAUUUAUAUUUUUAUUCUCUAUUUAUCUAUUGAAAUGGAAGAAAACCUCAAUCAAAUAGAUCGAGUUCACCGAAAUCAUUUUCACAAACGAAAUUUGUAUUACGAUGAAAACAUUCAACGUUCUUUUCCUUCUCAAAUUUCUCAGGAUCAUCUUAAUAAUAGCUUACCAUUAAAAGAAGCUAAUUUUUUAGUAAAGCAUGAAAUAUCUUCGCCAGAAGUAUCCCCACAUUUACAUUUUACUCCUUAUAUUUCUAUAUUACCACAAAAACAUAGUUCAUAUUCAUUCAAAAGGGAUACGAUAAUAUAUAUUGAUCAUGAAGUGACAAGUUGUAAUAAAGAGAUAAUAUGUGAAGAAGAAAAGAAUGAUAAUGAAGCAAUUGCUAUUAUAAUUGAAACGAAGAAUAAUUAUGAUGAUAAUUGUUUAAUCAAUGAGGAUUCAAUAAUUUAUGAAAGAAUUACGGAUUGCGUACUUGGUUACGAGGAAAAAGAAAAAGAUGACGAAAUCGAAACAUUCAAAUUAAACAACAAUGUAGAUAAAAGGUCUAAUAAUAUCAGUAAGAAAAUGCUUUAACUGUUCAUCUCCAUAUCAUUCAUAUUAUAAUUGUCCAUUACCUUUAGAUGAAAAAUUAAUUAAAAUAAAUAAAGAAAA